AUGGAAUUUGCAUUCAAUAAUGUGUCAAAUGAAACCUGUCACGAGAAUUCUACAUGCAUCUUUCUUUGUUAUACAGAGCCAGUUGUUCUCAGUGGUUUCAUAUUAACAUUGGUCGGAUUAGUUCUUGGAUUAAUAAUAAUAUUCAUAAGAGAGCUACAUUCCACAUCCACAAUGAACACUAUCUUCAUCGUGAUAACCAUAAUCUUCAUAAAUGUCGGUGUUGCAUUACUAAUGUCAUUUGCGAAAUGGUACGAACAACUUAUUUCUGUAACUGUGGCUACCGUGCUCGUUAUCAUAGCGAUUUUACUGGAGGUAGAAAUACAAGGUUCAAAAGCAAUAUGGGAGUUAGUUUUGUUCACAUUAUGUCUUGUAUUUGUGGCAAUUGGAUUUCUUUUCUUCAUUUUCGGAGUGAUAUUUAACAUCAAAAGUAUACUAGUUGUGACCUUGUUUUGUUGGUGCGGCGAAAUGAUAAUUGUGAUUAUAUGUACAAAAUAUUAUCUGGAGAGUUACUGCAAACCAGAACAUUUUUCAUUACUCUACAGUGUUUUCCUAUUGGUGUAUGAACAUAUCGUACUUGUCCUUAGUUUACAAUUUUCUUUAAAUGCACUCCUCGAUUGUAAUUGGAAUAAUCAAACUGUGAAUUAG